AUGACAGCAGAAGAGUCAAUAAUCGUAUCGGAAAUAUGGAAACCAGAUUUCGAUAAUUUCCAAUUUGGAGAUAGUCCACAAAAUAUUAAUACUCACCUUCCACGACAGUUUCGUACAACACAGUGGAACACGUUGCCACAAGCUUUUGAAUACAAACACGAUGUUGUUAGAUAUACUUGGUUACAUUUAAGUCAGUUUGGUGAUCAAAUCACGAAAUUCAUUCCACCAUAUAUAUCUGUACAUGAAUUCAGUUAUAUCUGUUUUUUGUUUGUGAAUGAAAAGCUAUUUCACAUCUCAAUUCGAUUAUUUUAUGAUCAAAAACGUCCAAAUUAUGAUCAAGUGAUUGAGGCAUAUGCCAAAGUAUUCCAUUGUCCGAUGAUUGAAACUGAAUAUAGUAAUCAAUUAUAUCAUGAAGACAAUGAAACUAUUUACUUUUCAUACCAGUAUCCGGAUCAAAGUCAUACUCUCAUCCAAAUUCUUCGAAAAGAUGCAACAACGCCCAUCGAUGGCUAUGGUCUUGAUUACUUGGCAGCUUACCGUCAACAGCGAGAAGAAUCUAUUCAAUCAUUUGCGUUGACACAGUGA